CUCUCUCUCUCUCUCUCUUUCUAACGUGCGCCGAAGGUGAUUUCAUGCACGCGGAGUGAACAGGCAGAUGAGCAGAAGGAAACAGAGAGGGAGCUAAAAUAGGGAGUGGCGCAUUUUAGCCAUCCAACGUAUCCUUCGCCCCCGCGCUUCGAUUACCACGGCUCUUCUCUGCUUCGUUUGAUCCGAUUCCAUGGCUGCUCCUCCUGCUAGGGCUAGAGCCGAUUACGAUUAUCUUAUCAAGCUUCUCUUGAUCGGAGAUAGCGGUGUGGGUAAAAGUUGCCUUCUUUUGCGUUUCUCUGAUGGCUCCUUCACCACUAGCUUCAUUACCACCAUUGGUAUUGAUUUUAAGAUAAGAACUAUUGAACUUGAUGGCAAACGCAUCAAGCUCCAGAUUUGGGACACAGCUGGUCAAGAGCGCAUAAUUUCUCCUCAACUCCUCUUUUCUUUUACAUUUUACACAGCUUAUUACCGUGGGGCAAUGGGCAUUUUGCUGGUGUAUGAUGUCACAGACGAAUCAUCUUUCAACAAUAUUAGGAAUUGGAUUCGCAAUAUCGAACAGCAUGCUUCAGAUAACGUCAACAAGAUCUUGGUAGGGAACAAGGCUGACAUGGACGAGAGCAAGAGGGCAGUGCCCACAUCAAAGGGCCAGGCACUGGCUGAUGAGUAUGGAAUCAAAUUCUUCGAAACAAGUGCAAAGACAAACCUCAACGUCGAAGAAGUCUUCUUCUCCAUAGCAAAGGACAUUAAGCAAAGGCUUGCAGAUACCGACUCCAGGGCCGAGCCCGCAACGAUCAAGAUAAGCCAAUCGGACCAGGCAGCCGGAGCUGGCCAAGCUGCGCAAAAGUCUGCAUGCUGCGGAAGCUAAACAAAAACUCUCAAGUGAGAGGUUGGGCGUUAGCAAGAACUAAAGUUGUCGUCGUAUGGGUGGUUUCUUUUUUUCAUAUUCUAAUUUGUCAUUUUCUAGCUUGUGCUAGUGCGAGUGUAGAAGAAGAGUCUUUGUAUCUCUUUUGCUGGUCCGUUUAUUACAUCAACAGUUCUCCGUAAGAUGUAAUAACCCAUUUUAAGCAGCUUCACUGAGGUAUCAAACCUAAUUGGAUGAUAUCAUUUCGUCAAA